AAUGAACUGGAUUUGUUGGACCCCCACCAACCUACAGGCGAGAAAAAUGAGUUAGUCGUUAGUCUCAUUUUCAUACGUUGCGACGUUCGUACGUUAUUUAUUCCGUGGUUCUCGUCUGGUGCGAGUUGUGGGUAUAUCCGACGCGACGCGAGUAGUUGGCGUUGGUUGGCGUGAACCUAAAUUUGUGGUUAACAAUCGUUGCUUAUCGUCGCAAUGCCGCAAGGUAAACUGAAAGUUAAAGCGAAGGGCGCUGCUCCAAAAUCCAAGAAGAAAGCAACUAAAGGACCAGCAGUAACGAAGAGAGGAAAUCGACCUAUACAGCCAAAGAAGAAACAACAAAAGGAAGCUCAAAAAUUAAACAAAGUUGUCACAAAAACUGUGAAUCAGGCCAUGGAAGAGGAAUUGAGAGCACGGGCACUUGAUGGAAGGAAGUCUCUCACAAACAAGAAACAAGCCACACCAAAAAAAGCUGCUGCCAAAAAAUCAAAAAAAUGACAACUUUCUAUGUGCAAUGUUUAACUUAAAAGAGUGUUCUUUUUCCUUGUUCACACUUUAUGUGAAUUUCAAUGUUUAUUAUACAGACUAUUUCUUUUUCCUACUGAGAAGUUAUUUAUUGUAAGUUUUCAUUAUUAAUGACCUUCUAUUUGCAUAGUUUUUGUGCAAUCUGAAGUGAAGUUAAAGGUACAAUUUCUGCAGGGGACCAUUUUUAAGAAAUUGAACAGAAUACUGUGUAAACUUGGUAUUUAUUGAGAAAAUAAGUGCCUUACUGAAAUACAUGUUCAUAAAUAAUGCCAAUAUCUACAUAUAAAUUAUUUACAUGUUAAAAAUUUGAUCAUAUCUGAUACAAUUUGGAUUUUUUUCUGGUGGUGCUCCGUAGAGUACUGAUUUAGUGUCAUUUCAGUUUGUAUUGUGUGGUACAAAAAUAAAGUUUAUUUACUUAACAUAUCUUUAUUGUUUUUGUGCUCUAGCUGCGUAUUACUUUCAGCAUAUUAUUUACUCCUUGAAUUUCAUCAUUAAACCUUACUAUUAUAUACAUUUUCAUAAAAAUGCUCCUCAUUGAAGCAGUUUCUAGCUCAUUGUUUCUUAGGUAGGAGUAAAAUUGCAUAAGGAAAGAAGAACACUUCUGACUCAGCAUAUCUGCACAGAAUUGCUUUAAUCUAACUGCGUAAAAUGUAUCUUCUGUAAAAAAUUCUUGAACGUUUGGAAACAAUAUUUAAAAACGAUCUCCUACUGACUGAUGGCACACACUUAAACUGCUGUAAGGAGUUCACAACUUUUUUUUCAUAAAUGUUAAAACACUUAAAGAUCUCCUACGUUGCCCCUUGUAUUCCAUGUAUCACAUCUGUGGAACAGAGGAAUUUCUCCUUACCAUAACUUGCAGCUCCUUCUAUCUUGAAGCAACCUAGAAAA